CCCGGAUUGGGCCGCCGUUGGCCGGGUUGUCGACACCGUCUAUUAAAGACGUGUUCGUGUCCGCAGCCCUUGAGAAAGUUUCUCUCUUGGAACCCAUCCUCUUUCGAGGCCCCCCUCGAUCACCACCCCUCAAACAACCCCCCACAACAUGGCCCAGGCCUCGCCUUCAUGGCAGAGGCUGUUAGGCCUGCUGUCGGUGCUGCUGGCACUGCUUCUCGGCGCCUCGGCCGGGUCGCAUGAUGCCGCCGUCGCCGGCUGCCCCGCCGACAUCGUGUUGGCUCCGGAGAACACUUGGUCGUUCGAAUUCGAAAACGGGACCGACGUUGCUGAGAGUGAGUCACCCUUCGUCUGGUCGGUUGCUCCAUGUAUUCUGACGACUGUUGCAGCCCAAGCAGAGAGCUCGCACGUUAGGGAACCGAACGCUGAGGUCAAUAAUGUUGAGGCGACCAGCUUGCACGGCAUAGGCGCCCGAUCUGCUUUCGAGGCUUUUGCCAUCGAGAUCCCAGCUUCAUGCCGCACCCCGAGCAUGAUGAGCUCGCUCAUGGAGUUGCCCAUCAGUUUCGCCAGCCUGCACUUGCACCUGCAGAACAUCCGAACCAAAUAACCUCGGUGGCGGUUUGUUCAUUUUGCCAAACCGCCGACACGAGACUUCAAAAUCCGUGUUGAAUCGACCCAAACGACCUCCGACACAA